AUGGGCACAUUCCGUGGCACAGCGUAUGGUGCUGGUGGCCGCACAAUCUUCUACAUUUACAUCAUCACAACGCUCAUUUCGAUCCUCUUCUCGAUCGCUUGCGUGUGUUACGGAAGCUGGCUGAUUGCGCGUCGUUCGCAAUACGCCGAGCUCGUCUCUCCAUCUCUCUAUGUCGACGUCGGACGGAUUCUCGUCGUGGUUUCGCUGAUCUCAAUCGCGUGCUACCUUAUAUGCACCUACGCGAUUUUCAAAGAAAUGCGUUGUGUCGUCACCUCGUGUGCUGUCGCCUCGAUUGUCAUCGCCGUUAUGCUGAUUCUCGGCGGAAUCAUCGGCCUCAAUUUUCGCGAGCAGCUUGUCAAUUAUACACCGCUAAACUUGAAAAUGUUGACGUCGCUUCGCGAACUCUAUGGAACCCAUGAUAUGGACGCGAUAACCGAAGCUUGGGACCAUUUGCAAAAGAAUUUCAAAUGUUGUGGUGUGAAUGGAACGGAUAAUGCGGUUAUUUGGAGAACAUCCAAAUGGUAUAUGCACCAGAAAGCGCCAAAAGUUCUUCUUCCUGAAUCUUGUUGCAUCGAAACCGAACUUGAGCGAUGUCAAUCAAACCCAUUCAAUAAUGAUGGAGAUGCGCCAUAUUAUACGAAAACGUGCUAUCAACCAUUACGAGACGAUCUAUUGCAUGUGAUGGCGGUCGCCUCUUGGCUCAGCAUCGCCAACGCCAUUGUCCAAGUGAUCCCAUCCGGUGCGAGUUGUUGGUAUUCAAGGCUAAUUCGAAAAUGA